CGGUUGUUCGUUCGACACUCGACAGUGGUAUCGCGUCAGCCGUACCGCACUGACGUGACGACGGUCAUCUUUCGAUUACAGCCGCUGUUUACGCGCUCGCGUGUCUACAACAACAACAACAACUAAUUAAUUAUUUUCACUGUAAUAUUAUUAUUGUUGUUUUUGUUGCCGCCCGUCGGGAAAACCGGACGUGAUCAGUUAACGUCCGCCUGUUUAACACCAUUACACCCAUAGGUGUAAUACCAUACUUCGCGCGCGAAUCUGUUCGUUUACCGCGCGUGACGGAUUUUCCACAGUUCCAUUGGUCCGUUUGUCAUGCGGUCCUAGACCGAAAAAAAAUUUGUGCCGAUUAUCUUUUUAAAACUAACCGCUCCGAUCGUCGUUUUCCGCGCUAAAAGAUAUAAUACACACGCACGGCCGCCAUGCCGCUGUUCGGAAAAAAAGACGUGUCGAAGAAAACGAAGAAGGACGCGGAAAAGUCGCAGUCCAUCGAAGACAAGUACGACGUAAAGGAUCUGCUUGGCACGGGAGCUUUUUCCGAAGUCCGAUUGGCUGUGAGCAAGGAACGUCCAAACGAAAUGUACGCCGUAAAGAUCAUCGACAAAAAAGCCUUGAAGGGAAAAGAGGACUCUCUGGACAACGAAAUCAAAGUGUUGAGAAGGUUCAGUAAGUCGGUGAAAAGGAGUGACCAUUCGGGGACCGACGAUAAGAACGAGGGUCAAUGGCUCACUCAUCCAAACAUCGUGCAACUUUUGGAAACGUUCGAAGACAAGUCGAAGGUGUAUCUCAUCAUGGAAUUGGUGACUGGAGGCGAGUUGUUCGAUCGCAUCGUGCAAAAGGGUUCAUACACCGAAAAGGAUGCUGCCCAUUUGAUCCGCCAGGUACUAGGAGCUGUGGAUUAUAUGCACGAACAAGGUGUCGUGCACAGAGAUCUUAAGCCAGAAAACUUAUUGUACUACAGCACAGACGAUGACAGCAAAAUUAUGAUAAGUGAUUUCGGAUUGUCCAAGAUAGAAGAUUCUGGUGUGAUGGCGACUGCUUGUGGAACUCCCGGAUAUGUCGCUCCGGAAGUAUUGGCUCAGAAACCCUACGGGAAAGCAGUGGACGUCUGGAGCAUCGGUGUUAUUUCGUACAUAUUGCUGUGCGGAUAUCCGCCGUUUUACGAUGAAAACGACGCGAAUCUCUUCGCUCAAAUCUUAAAAGGUGAAUUUGAAUUCGAUUCUCCAUACUGGGACGACAUUAGCGAUUCGGCGAAAAACUUUAUAAGACAACUGAUGUGUGUUGACGCAGACAAACGUUACACGUGCCGUGAAGCACUGGCUCAUCCAUGGAUAUCUGGUAACGCGGCCAGCAGCAAGAACAUUCACGGAACCGUUUCGGCACAGCUCAAAAAGAACUUCGCCAAAUCCAGAUGGAAGCAAUUAAUGAACGCCAUAACCAUGGUGCAUAAAAUGCAGAGGUUAGCGAUGAACGUGUCGGAAGUGUCGGACGCAUCAUCGUUGCUGCCUGCUGCGGCAGGAGUGCCGAACAGACAGAAGUGUGCUACGAUUGUAGAGGAAGCCGAGAUUGAUGAUUGUGACGGUGACAAUGAUCAUGGCCAAGAUAAUAAUGGCUAUGGCACCGAAGCAAGCAUAUCACGCGACAACGGUGGUGCGACAGAUGAAAAGAAUGGCCUUGAACAGCGGAGCAGGAAUUAGCCAGGAUGCGAGAAUGGACAACCAGGACUCUCUGGUCAACGGGAUGACCGAAUCUAACAGACUCUAAGAAUUUCUCGUUUACUUUCAUAUUAUUAUAUUAUCAUAAUUAUUAUUAUUAUUACUCUUCUAAUUUUUAAAUAUCAUUAUUUUAUUAUUUUUUUUUUUUUUUUGUUAACGAGAAUAAUUCUACACAUAUCUCUUAUAUAUCGAUAAAAUAUAAACUCUAUACCCAAUGCCCGUCACUAUAUACAAAUGUAUUAAAACAUAAAAGAGAGACGAUAUACCAUAGGUAUAUAUUAUAAUAUUACGUAAGUGUACUUAUAAAUUGUAUAAUUUGUAGGUGUAUGUAUGUACAUAAUACCAUAAAUAGGUAUCGUUAAUAUUAUAUACCUAUAUUUGUAUAUUAAAUAUAUAUUAUAAAUUAUAAUAUUAUAAUUACCUACAAAAAUACGCGAACUUAAUUUACACACUUUGCCGUAAAUCAAAUAAAUCAAAUAUUUUUGCUCAUCGAGAUGACUUUGACGUUGUAUAAUAAAAUUGGAAAAAAAUUAUAAAAACGUGUAGAAUUAUACAAAUAUUAACAAUAUUAUUAAAAAAAAAAAAAAGACAUUAGACUAAAUAUACACACACACACACACAUUUAUUAGUAAGUGUAAUUAUUAAAAAUCGAUCGUACCUAUAUAUUAUGACUAUACAACGCUCCACGUCGCUUCCGUAGAAUUUUUGCUUCAAAUUCAAAAUAAUAACUAUUAAUUGUCAAAACAUAAACAUUUUUCGAGUAAAACGUGAUCAGACAUUGUUUAAUACCUAUGUACACAUGAAGUUUAAACACUUUAUACUUCAAUAAUACGCUGAAAACAAAAACUCAAUUAAUAUUAAUAAAAAGUAUAAUAUAUCGUUGUAAAAUAUAUAAUAUAUUCGAGAAGUGAUAAUACAAUAUAAUAUUAUUACAAAACAUUAUAGCAUCUAAAAAAUAGUACAGACAGAUGCGUAAUAUUAUAAAGUACUUUCGAUUUUCGAAUAAUGAUAAUAGAUUUAUCUAUUUGAUAAAUACGAUUUUAAUUUAAUUUAAUUUUAAAUAGAUACGAUAUUGAUAAUAUUACAACAACAAAAAAAAACACCCGCUUUUAUUAUAUAUUUAUUAUGUUUAGUUGUAUAAUGUAUACAACAGAUUAUUAUAUAUUAUAUAUUAUCGUUCUAACGUUACAAUUUUGUUGUUAACUCUAUUCGAACUUUUAAUUAUUAUUAUUAUUAUUAUUAUUAUUAUUAUUAUGAUCAUAAUAUUACUAUUUUCAAAAAAUUAAACUUACUAGCGACAUUUGCGUUAUUAUUAUUAUCGUUGUCAUCAUAAUAAUUUUGUACUUCGGACUAUUAUGCAUAAUAAAAUGAUGACAUGUACAUUAAAACUAUACAAUUAUUAUAAACUAGGUAUACAUAUUAUAUUGCACCCACCGAUCGUUGUACUUAUACUAAAGUUUCGUGUAAAAAAAAAUGUUGAAUUUUUAAUUACGAAAAAACCACGCUCAAUGUUCAUCGAAAAUAUAAAUCAUUCAGACGGCCAAAUAAAAAUUGUAUUUAACGCGGGUACACGAUAAGUGGGCAACAAACUGCAUUAGAUUUUCAAAAUAAAAAAAAAAUAAAAAAACUAUUACGGAUCAUCCUGAUUAACGUUUUAUGAUGGAUGAUUAUAUAACAUAAGUGAUUAAUUGUAUGUGUUGCUCAAAUAUACGUCCGCAAAAUGAAUCUCGCUCACUAUUUGAACCGCUUAAGAAUACAUUAAUGGCAUAUUAAAUAAAUACCUGCCUUCAAGCGUCAAACAUUCAAAUAUAGGUACUUCUACUCCCCGUUUAAAACAUUCGAUAAACUAUCUGUUACCCGGACGAGAUCAUUUUUUUUUUUUUUUUUAGGCGUGUUAGGUAUUAUGUUGAAUUAAAUUCUUUGCAUUCUUAACAGCGAGCGAGCUAGUCAUUUACCUACUACAAUUUAUUAAUAAUUUUAUUGAUAAUAACCGCCUUUUGACGAAAUUAACAAAAUAUGAUACACCAAAAAUGUAUAUUGUACUGUUGUAAUAUUUUGGCGCUUAUUUCUAUAUGUCAUUUACUAAAGUCGCGUAUUUCAAGUGAUAAUAUUAUUAUGUAUACUGUUAUUUUUUUAAACAUAUGGUUUCUACGUCACUACAUAGCGUAUUAUAUAGACACACGUGAUAUAAUAUUAUAAUAUGUAAUAAUUUAAAAAUUUAAUAACAUCUCGUUGUCGAUACUUCGUUUAAUAAUAAUUAUUAUUAUUUUUGCUACGACGACAAACUAUCAUAAUGAUAUCGACCUGCAACAGCGAUAGCUAACAAUAAUAAUAACACAAUAUUAUAUUUUAUUCGUAGUAUACAUUAUUAUUAUUAUUGUUGUUGUCGUUGUUAUUGUUAUUAUUAUUUAGUUCGACGUGUCGUACAAGAACGCGCUUUUUAUUUUUACUAUACGCACAAUAUUAUAACAUAAAAUUUUAAAUUGAUUCUUUAGGAUUUUUACCUUUCAAAUUAUUGCUGUUGUGAUAACUCUGUUAUGUAUAAUAUAUAUAUAAUAUGAUAUUAGUAUAAUGCGCUAGAUUGGUUUUUCUUUUUUUACCGUUUCAAUGCGCGGACCAUACUUAACCAUCCGAAAUUUUAGUAAAAUUCGGCGUGACCAUACGACAUGUUUUGUUUAAAGUACCAGCUAUCCGAUGACGCUCAAUGGCGUGCUUAGAUUUUUCCUUUUUUUGACUAUUCUCGGACAUAUUAUUCUCGCGUUGAUCUGCAGGUACCCUAGUUAAUCAUAAUAAUAUAUUCCGUCAUAACCGUGUGAAACUUGUUUAUUACCAACUUAACUUUUAUAAAAAAUUAAAAAUCAUAAUAUACGGAAAACAUGAAGUUUUAUUUCAACAAUAAAUUAUGAGAAACCAAUAAAAAAAAAAACAAGCCAAAGCCCCGAGUAAGCACGCCACUGUAGUAGUAAUAAUAAUAAAAUAUAUUUAUCCAUCAUAAAACUACAAAUAAUAUUAUUACAAACUAUAAGUUUUAUAUAUAUUUUAAUACCUAUGACAUUAUUAUUUACCGUAAAACACAAAAAAAUAAAAUAAAAUAAUUGGAAACAUGUCGUAAGUCACUUUAAAGUUUUAAUAAUAGCGUAAAGUUUUAUCGGAUCAUAAUACAUAAUAUUAUAUAAUAUAGUCGUCAUAACAUUAUUUAUGUUGUGUUUUAAAUAUUUAAGUCUUAUUUUUAUUACAAUUAUUAUUAGUAAACAUCUAAAUUAAUUUUUGUUAUACUUUAAUUAUAAUAUAUAAUAUGAUUUUUUUUUAUAUGUUAUAGUAUAAUACAAAUAAUAUAUACACUCUAUUUAUGAGUAAUAAUAAUAUUAAUUGUUCUUCGCAACAUAUUUAAAUGUAGUUUACAAUUUUUUUUUUCAAAAUUUAUUAUUAUAUUAUUUAAAUUUUAGUGCAAUAAAUUUAGUUGAUUACA